AUGGCUACAGUUAGUAAAACCUCAUCUUCCACUAUAGAAGUAAUAAAGAGUGCUGAUGUCGUAGCUGCAAGUAUUGAUUCUUCCAGUCCCUAUUUCCUACACCACUCAGAUAGUCCGGGCACUAUACUAGUUUCUCAUCCUCUAAAUGGAGAUAAUUAUUCUUCAUGGAGUCGUGCUAUGAGCACAGCGUUGAACGCUAAAAAUAAACUAUGUUUCAUUGAUGGUUCUUUGGAGAUUCCUCCAUCAUCUACAGCAGACCAUCAGAUUUGGAAACGUUGCAAUGAUAUGGUGAAGAUUUGGCUCCUCAACUCUCUUUCUGCCAAAAUCGCUGAUAGUGUGAUGUAUGAGACCUACGCUUCUGCCAUCUGGAAUGAUGUCAAGGAGCGUUUUGCCGUAACAAAUGCUCCUAGAAUUUAUCAGUUACGCCGCGAUAUUGCUCUUCAUUCUCAAAGGAUACUUUCCAUUUCUUCUUAUUACACAAAGUUGAAAUCCUUGUGGGAUGAACUUUAUUCUUAUCUUUCUAUUCCUACUUGUCAUUGUGGUUCUUCAAAGGCCCUACAAGACUACCAGCAACAGGAGAAGCUAACCCAAUUUCUUAUGGGUCUCAAUGAUACUAAUGGCAACAUUCGUGGCCAAAUUCUUCUUAUGGAUCCGCUUCCAUCUAUUAAUCGUGCCUAUUCUCUUUUGCUUCAAAAAGAGAAACAACGCAAGAUUUCUACAAAUCCAUCGGUUGAACUAGAAUCUGCUGCAUUUCUAGCUUCCAAUAACUAUGCUGCCCCUUUCCCGUCUAAUUAUCAGAUUGCUCCAUCGCCAACUGCUAGUGGUCAUCGCAAACCACGUCCCAUUUGCGAGCAUUGCAAAUGGGUUGGACACACCAAAGCAAAUUGCUACAAACUCGUUGGUUACCCACCCGGCCAUAGUCUUCAUCAGUCCAACAAACAUUCCAAAAAUGAGGGAGUCAAUAAGCCCACUAUCAGAGCCCCUCUCUUUCAUCAGACUAGCACUCAAGCACCGGCCAACGGUUUUGCAACUGCUGCUAAUGUUUGUUCUUCUCAAGAGUUCCAUGCCAACCAAGGUUUUGUGGAUGGCUCGGGUUCCUUAUCACGUCAAACUCCUAGUCAUAUAGUUCCAACAAAUCCAGUCAACCUCACCCACACGGCUCAAGCCUUCACUGCUGAGCAAUAUCAACACUUACUCAAUCUCAUCAAUACUGGUAAUACACCCCCAUCAACUCAUUUUGCAGGUAAUUCUGUUUCUUACCCAUCCUCUUUAUCCUUUGGAACAUGGAUAGUGGACACGAGUGCAUCAGAUCAUAUGGUAUUUGAUUCCUCACUUUUCCAUACGUUUACACCCACUUCUACCAUGUUAUCUGUUAAACUUCCGAAUGGAACUACUGCUGCAGUCACUGGUGUUGGUUCUGUUUUUCUCACUCCAACAAUUUUGCUUGACCAUGACCAACCCCAGAAGAGGAAGAUUGGAAUAGUUGAGCAGAAAAAUGGUCUUUACUACUUUCACCAUUGGGAUGCUUCUAGCACUUCUUUUGUUUCUAUUCGUCCAACUUUUGACUUGUGGCAUUGGCGGCUUGGUCAUGUUUCUUCUAGUCGUUUACAAGCAUUGUCAAAAACUGAGUUCAAUUUCCUCUCUUGGCCCAUUUGA